AUGGCGAAAUCAUCAUUGGUUUUGAUGGCUGUAGUUUCUCUAGUAGUUGCAGCGCAUGUGGCCGCAGCUGCUAGGGUGAUGCCAGCCGGGGACGCCGGCCUCGCCGACCAGAAGAACUACCUCAGCUACGGCGGCGUCGGCAGCUUCAGCGGCGUCGGCGACAACGGCAUACCUUUUGGGGGAGUCGGCGGCGGAAUGGGCGCCAACGGCAUACCCGGCAUACCCGGCGGUGUUGGCGUAGGCGGCAUUAUCGGUACCACGCCUCAAGGUGGCCUUGCUGGAGUAGGCGGUGUUAUCCCUGGCGGCGUCAGCAGCUUUGGCGGCGCUGGUGGCGGCUUCCCCGCUGUUGGCGGCGGAUUCCCCGGCGUUGGUGGCGCCACUGGUGGCUUCCCCGGCGUUGGUGGCGCCACUGGUGGCUUCCCUGGCGUAGGUGGCGGUACCGGCAGCUUACCUUCCCCUUGA